AUGAAUGAUUCUACCACUGUCCUCUUUGUCCCAGGCGCAUGGCAUAGCCCUGAUUGCUUUGAUCUAGUGAUUCAACGCCUUGAAGCAGCCAAUUAUAAGACCGACAAAGUUCAUCUCCCUUCAGUCGGCCCGCCCAAGCAUUAUUCGAACUUUGAUGUCGAUGUUGCCCAAAUCCAUUCCCAAAUUGAACGUGCAGCAGAUGCAGGUCAAAAUGUUGUCGUAGUCGUCCACUCUUACGGCAGCUUGCCCUCAAAUGAAGCAAUCAAGGGACUUGACAUCAAGUCCAGACAGAAGAAUGGUCUACCAGGAGGCGUCACUCAUUUAUUCUUCUGCUGCUCCUUCGUCAUUAAGGAGGGUGAUUCCUUGAUCGGCGCCUUCGGUGGGAAUGAUCUCCCUUGGUUCAUUGUCGGCGAUGACAAAUUGGAAGUCGCUGCCGACAAACCGGAGGAGAUUUUCUACCAUGACUGUGAUCCUGCUCAAAUUCAAUCCGCCAUCGCCGCUUUGCAGCCUCAUAGCUAUCAAACGUUCCAUAGCCCCUGCACCUAUGCGGCAUGGAAGGAUGUACCUAGUACCUACUUGUACUGCAUCCAAGAUGCAGCUAUUCCGCUCGCUGUCCAGAAGAUGAUGGUUGAAGGAACGGGUCAGGGAUCAGGCAUGAGGACUGAAACUGUGGAUGCAUCGCAUAGUCCUUUUUUCAGCAAACCGGACGAGGUCACCGCGGCUAUUCGACGGGCUGCUGGUGAGAAUUUCUGA